UUUAUUGACGCCGCAUCCGUCUGAACUUGCCAGUUUAAGCCUCUGCGAAUGUCAUCUAGGCGCACUGACUCAGUACAAGUGCGCUAACACGGCUGUGUGCACACGCCGCGCACACAACAACACUACCACUCAAAUAAAAAAAAAAACGCUAAAAACACAUCAAAAGAUGACAGUUCAAAUUCAAAUUCCCUAUGUUCGAAUUUAGAAAUGUCCGCUCAACAGGCGCGGGAAAGAGACGAACAUAACUCUGAGCGUCUGCUUCGGUGACGUCGACGGCCGGUGCAUAGCGAAAUAUAAUGAAAAGUGGCAGUAAUUUCGUUGUGUUUACGCGCUGUGCUAGUUUAUUUGGUUAAUAGCGGUUUGUUUUUCUAAUCGGCUGCGUUUGGACCGGUGGCGCCCUCUCCGUGGCCCAUUCCCGCUCCAUAGAUACACAUGGUUGUAUUUCAUGGAGCUGUCAAAACAUUAGCGACCUCGUGGACUGUGAUUUUGACGAGACUACCCCUUUGGGGGACGGCGUGAUGUGUGAUAGUGCAACUAGUUUUUGGCGCGGAGAAACUGUGGCGGGCGUAACGCGGAAAAUUGAGCUAGCGGUGUUUUUUUCCUAACUUAACCUACGACAAUCUUCAGUUGCGCGCGAGCUGUCCCCGCACGCGCCUCGCGUAUCAUCCGACACGAAAAUCUACGAAAAUCCGCCGAAUGGACCCCGAGUCGGUGGCGAGCCCGCCGAAUUCACUUUCCGAACUCCAUGUGAGUGUGUUCAAAACGUUCCAUUUUCGAAUGCAGCGGAAUAGUCGCGACCGCGCGUUCGAUGACCUCAUAAAGUGAAACUAUUUUUUUCUUUCACUUCGCUCAAUUUUGUGAUGUAGCCAUAGUGCCUCUGUCGUACAAAACUUAUGGAAUAUUGUGAUGUCAAAGUGCAAACUUAGAUAAAACUAGGAUAUAGAGUGUUAGUGAACUAUUUAUUAAUGGAGAAACAAACGAGAACGAACAUUUUAUGUGCAUAUGGACAAAUACUGCAUGGACUUUAGGGUAGCAGCACCCUGGCCAUGGCGGAGUGCUCGUUCGCGCGGUGCCAGCAGGAACGUCGCGCCAUUCGCAAGGAGCUGCAGCGCUGGACCAAGAACAUGGUCUAUAUCCUCGGUCUAGAACGGGUGGCGGAGGAGUUGAUGGGUCGAAGAAAAUGGAAACUAUAUCAGGACGCGUUAAUUCCAAAACGGGGGGAGGCAGAGUUAUCCAGCGACGAGGAAUCGGUCCAGACAGACCCUCCACCGGCCUUGAAGAUCAAGACUAUAGAGCAGAUCAACGAGGACGACGCGAAGGAAGACAGGGUGGAGGAGAAGACUCCUCGAAGGCCGGAGACGAUCCUCGAGUCGCUGAUCAAGAGGCCGGCGACUCAGCCCAAGCUGGAGGUGUCAGAGGAACCUGCAGACUGGAAGCCACAGGACAAAUGCUACUUCUGUACGGAUGGUGAGCCUGGCGGGGGGGAGACCAGGCCCGCCGGUGCUAUGAGUCCCGCAUCGGAGUCGGACAGCAGUUCGGUGUCGGAGGCGAAGAGUCCUGCGUCUGCGCCGCCCCUGCUGCAGCAUCUGCUGCAACUGCAGGCGCAGAACCCGCAGACUAUAGCACAGUUUCAGCAGAUGCUGACGGCGUUGGCGGCGCUGGGCAGCGGACUGGUGCCGCCGCCGCCGCUCUCGCAACCCUGGAUGAUGCAGCGGCUCGUGCAUAGGCAGACCGAUAGGCUACCCGAGGUCGGAGAGAAGGCGCCGGCGUCUUCAUCACCCAACCUUGCGGAGCAGCCCCUCGACCUGAGCGCCAAGUCCACCUCCAGCACCAGUGGUACUCCGCCUCCUGAUGCCAAGUUACUGGAUAACAGAUUGAAGCGAGCUGUGCUCGAGGGCGCCGGCAACAGCGGGCGGCGCGCCUACACCGAGGAGGAGCUGCAGGCGGCGGUGCGCGACAUCCAGGCUGGCCGGCUCGGCACGCGCCGCGCCGCGCUCGUCUACGGCAUCCCGCGCUCCACGCUGCGCAACAAGCUCAACAAGUUCGGCACCCCGCUCGACCAUCCCGACUCCGACAACGACAGCGAUGCCGACCGCCCCGACUCGCCCCCCUCCGUCAUCCUCAAGAUACCGACCUUCCCCCCGCCCGAUGACAAGAGCCCCUCCCCCGCAGGACAAGUGCAAGCCCCCAUCGCGCCGAUAACGCCACUGAUCCCCACGUCACCGGCCAUCAAGGCACCCUCACAGCUGCUGCUCCCGCCCUCCGUGUUCGCCGACCCUCCCUCGACGCAACACCUCUUCACGUCUCUUAGCGACGUCAUCGCUAAGAGCAUCAGCCAGAAGUUCCAACAACCCCUAGAUAGGCCACACCACCAGCCCAGUGAACUCAUGUACGCGCGCGGCCCCGACCGGCACGUGUCCGUCAUCAAAACUCCACCCGACAACCAACGCUACCCCGCGCCCGGCAACUCUAAAGCCACUCCGAACAACAACGGGCAGCCCGCCACCGGCGGCAAGGGCACGCGGCCCAAGCGCGGCAAGUACCGCAACUACGACCGCGACAGCCUCGUGGAGGCCGUGAAGGCGGUGCAGCGCGGCGAGAUGUCGGUGCACCGCGCCGGCUCCUACUACGGCGUGCCGCACUCCACGCUCGAGUACAAGGUCAAGGAGCGCCACCUCAUGCGUCCGCGCAAGCGCGAGCCCAAGCCGCCGCAGGACGCCAAGCCGCAGCCGCCCAAGCCGCCACCUCCCAAACCGCCGACGAAACCGUUCUCCAACGGACUCAAUGGGCCGGAGGGUCCGGGCUAUCCUCCCGGCUACCCAUUCUGGCCGGGCAGCGGGUUCCCCCCGCCGCCCGCUCCCGACUUGUACGCGUCGCACAUGAUGCGACGACUGCGCGAAGAGGCGCCUCCGCCCGCCAACGGGUCGUUCCUGGAGGGCAUCAUCCGGUCGAGCCUGGAGCGGCCGGCGCUGCUGCAGCGGCUGGCGGCGCCGCCGGGCGAGGCGCUGCGGCGCGCGGCGGACGGCGACGAGCCGCCGGCGCGCCGGCCGCGGCUGGACAGCUCGGACCAGGCGCUGGCGGCGGAGAUGCGCGAGGCGGUGCAGCGGCUGCGCGCCGACAAGCUGCGGCCGCGCAACGGCACGCCCACGCCGCCGCCCGCGCCGCCCGCCGAGCCGCCGCCGCCGCCCGCCGCGCCGCCCGACCGCGCCUAGUGCCCGAGACGCCCCGAUCUCCUCAGUCUUUGUGAUAAUAUUAUGUAAAGUACAUUCCGCCGGGCGGCCCGACGCUCGCCGCUCACGCUAGUGCAAUACGGCCCGCUGAGGUUCGUCGUCCGAGACUCGCGUAUCCGUGUAUACUGUUGUAGUGACAAUAACUUAGUCGCAGGCUUCUCGCGCGGGCGCCGUCGCCGACGCUCGACGCUCUUCACCGGUAUGUAGUGUCUCUUCUUUAUGUUUCCGCUUCCUCGGUCAGUCCGGACAGUCCUCACACACACGUCUCCACAUCGACACAUUAUCACCAAAUAUCACAAUAGUUACCUAAAAGUCACAACCAGUUCAAUAUAUCACAGCUUUACUAAUGCAAUAUCACAAUAUUAUAUAGUGUUAGUGUCCCAUGACAGAGAUUCGGAUGCCGUCGGUUGUGACUUGCAGUCGCGUUGCAUGCGCCUCGAGCUGAUCACUAGCCGGGCUGUAGGAGAACUGUUCGGCCACGUGGCGAGCAGUCACAGCUGUUGUCUGUGGGCGAUACCACUGCAGGGUAGAACGACACUGCACGUUGCAAGCGGCGCUAGGGUUGUCCAAAAUUCACGCAAAUCCAGAGAGCCUCAAAUUUUGACCUUGUUUUUAAGUAAAAGACAACCAAAAGUUAACGUUAUAAAAUUAACUAUUUAAAAUAUUUUUUAAGUAAUAAAAAAACAAUGUAACAAAUUAAUUAUAAAGCUAGCUAUGAGUGUAAAUGUUAUCGAUUUUUAAGUGAACUAUUGCAGAUUUUGUGCGGUGUUUUUAUAAUUAGAUAGGUAAUAUAUUGAAUGAAAUUAUUAGCGCUAUUGGCGGGUAGUGCGGUUGUGGUAUGUUGUCGUCGCCGCGGCCCGGCCGGCGCCCGCGCAUCGUCCGCCGGCCCAGCCGAGCCACACGGCUCUACGUUCGGACUUAUGUGCAAUUAUUAUUUUGUAUAAAAUAGUAAUUUUAACUGUGUCUAAGCUAACACGUGGAUUUCCAUAUUACUGAAUGUGAUAUUUAGGUAUUACGAGUGCGGUUUGAUCACGUUGACCUGCGGGCCCCAUCAUAUACACGUACGUACAUUAAAUACAUCUAGUGAACUUAUAUAUUUUAUGUACUAUUAUUGUAUCUUAAGAAGAUAAUAUUCUUAUUUUUCAUGGUCCAAGUUUUAAAUGUUUUAUCGACUAUACAAAAAUGUGGAUAAUCAUUAUUAUAUUCUUGUCGACUUUAAAAUUAUAAUUAGCCCAAAAAUCCUCAAAAAAAAAAUUGAUAUCUUCAAAUUUGUGAAAUUUUUUGGUGUUCAAUCAAAAAUAUAUUAUGGAAGUACGAGAUGAAAAUGUAUACGCUCUCCCAGAAUUAAAUUUAGGUAAAAACUAUUUGGAUAUAAAAUUAUCAUACGAUACUUAUUGUAAGUUAUGUGUACAUGUGCGCCUCAUGGAAAUUAAGAAGUCUUUGUAUUAUGUAUGUAAUUAAAAUAUACAUAAUUAUAUUAUAUACAAGUUAAAAUUUAAUGUCGUACAUUUUUCUUCGGAGACCACAAGUGAUGUGCAAAAUGAAAGAAGUACAUGGGAUUGUCCUCGACAUUUCGACAUAACAAUUAUAUUAUAUCCUUCUCGGACCGAAACAAAACAAUUUAUUAUAUACAAGUGAUAUUCGAAGUCAUUAUCCAAAACAAAUACAUAUCCCCAAUGGCGAGAUGUCGAGCUCUCUCAAAAGGAAAAAAAAAAACAAAAAUUUUUAUAUUCAAAAUUUUAAACUAGUCGAUAGCAUGUCUUCACUUUUGUUUCUCUGUGCAUAAUUUUCGACGUCUUUUUAGCAUUUAAUCUUAAAAAAGUUAAUCUAUAAACGUUAUGUGCAUUUAUCUGAGUGAUGGAUACUUUUGUAUAUUGAAACAAAUAUAACAUUAUUUACCGUCGUGUUGACAUCCCUACCAGACCGCAUUUCCAAAUUUGAAAUGUUGAAAAUCGAACAACUUUUUUUUCUCAAAAAUACGUACACGAAUCUGUGUGUUAUGCCUGACAUUUGUUGAUAGCUUAAACAAAAAGGUUAUUUUGUGUAAGAUUGUACAGACAUAGGAUGGGACAAUUUGCAAAGAGAAUUUAGAUAAUAAUCAACAUUCCGUUUAGAAUGUUAUUAGAUUUUUUUAAUUAAUAAUAUAACUAUUUUUUUGCAUCGGGAACAAAUAAUUAUGUUGUUUAAUCUUAUUUUGUAACGUUAGUUAAUUUUUAAGUGGCUUUAUUUUAUGAGAAUAACCUUUAUUAUAUGAUUAAUGUCAUAUUAUAUUGAGAUGUUAUACAUUCAUUGUUUUUGUGCAAAGUGUUUGGGGUUCUAUUCCCGGUUAAAGAGAGUUGCGACUGAUAUGUAGUAGAAAAUAGCCGCGUGCUCGAGGCAUCGGCUCGGUCGGUACAAAUGGUAUAAUACACCGCCUUACACUUAAAAAUGUUAUUAA